GUGCCUCUUCUGAGACUGAAGUGUGAUUCUGAACACAGACAGUGAAUCAGAACAGAGCACAAUUGCAGAUUUGGCGAAGCUCACUUCACCUCGACUUCUUGAGCUCGUUGUCCUGUCGCCGCUGGCCGUGGGAGAAGCGUUGGAAGCCGCCAUGGCGUUUACAACGGAGCGUGCGGUGCAGGAGGCGUACUGGAAGGAGCACAGCCAGGGCACCGUGGAGGCCAUGAUGCUGGACAGCCAGGCGCGUGUCCUCGACAAGAUGGAGAGGCCCGAGAUUUUGGGGAUGCUUCCUGUGCUGAGCGGCAAGGAUAUUGUGGAGCUUGGCGCGGGGAUUGGCCGCUUCACCGGCUCCUUUGCCGCGCUGGCCAAGAGCAUUCUUGCAGUGGACUUCAUGGAGAGCGCCAUUCAGAAGAACCAGGAGGUGCAUGGUCACUUCCCCAAUGCUUCCUUCCGAACUGCGGACGUCACCCAGCUCGAGCUUCCUGAGUGCCAGACAGACCUUGUCUUCUCCAACUGGCUCCUCAUGUACCUCGACGAUGACGAGGUACGCAGCCUGUCGGAGCGGUGCCUGCGCUGGCUGCGCCCCGGGGGCCACCUGUUCUUCCGCGAGUCGUGCUUCCACCAGAGCGGCGACCAGAAGCGCAAGUCCAACCCCACCCACUACCGGGACCCCAGCUUCUACAACCAGAUCUUUGCGGAGCUGCGCGUGGCGGAGGCGGACGGCAGCUUCUCGGAGCUGCAGCUGGUGGACUGCAAGUGCGUGGACACGUACGUCACCUACAAGAAGAACCAGAACCAGGUAUGCUGGCUGUGGCAGAAGGUGCAGGCGGACGGCCCUGGGGGGGUCAGUGCGCAGCGCUUCCUCGACAGCCAGCAAUACACCAACCGCGGCAUCCUGCGCUAUGAGAGGGUCUUCGGCCCCGGCUUUGUCAGCACGGGGGGCCUCGACACGACCCGCGAGUUUGUUGCUACUCUCGGCCUGCAACCGGGCCAGAAGGUGCUGGACGUCGGCUGCGGCAUCGGCGGGGGCGACUUCUACAUGGCGGACGAGUUCGACGUGGACGUCUACGGGAUCGACCUCUCCGUCAACAUGGUGACGCUGGCGCUCCAGAGCGCGAUUGGGCGCAAGUGCUCCGUCAGCUUCGAGGUGGCGGACUGCACGCAGAAGGCGUACCCCGAGGCGACCUUCGACGUCAUCUACAGCCGCGACACGCUGCUCCACAUCCACGAUAAGGCCGCGCUCUUCCGCCGCUUCCACCACUGGCUCAAGCCGGGCGGCCGCCUGCUCAUCAGCGACUACUGCAAGGGGCCCCACGCCGCAUCCCCCGACUUUUGCGCCUACGUGCAGCAGCGCGGCUACGACCUGCACACUGUGACCGCCUACGGCCAGAUGCUUGAGACGGCUGGCUUCACCCGUGUUGCUGCCGAGGACCGCACCCAGCAGUUCAUGGCUGUGCUCGAGACGGAGCUGGCGCGCUUUGCCCAGGCCAAGGACGACUUCGUGGCCGACUUCUCCCAGGAGGACUACGACUACAUCGUGGCGGGCUGGGAGGCCAAGCUGGCGCGGUGCGCGCAGGGGGAGCAGAAGUGGGGGCUCUUCACCGCUCAGAAGGCAGCCUGAUGCGGUCCUUAGGGGGGACAGCAACGGCCGGGGUCAGGGCCCUGCUCCUGGGGGGAGUAGACGAGGCUCGGGGGACACAGACAAACCCUGUACGGAUAGCAGAAAGAGUAAGUAAGUCACGCCUUGCGAGAAAAGACCAGACGCUCGCGCACAGGAGUAGGCGUCCACUCACCGCACUCGCUCGGGGUGGCUUGUAGCAGGAGUAUUUGCCAGGCAACGUAGAGAAAUCGUCGUACAGUAGCUCGAUCACCAGCCUGUGUACCAGUAGGUUAAGUAGAGCAUCCUUACCCUCUAUUGUUGGUAGGAUAGGAGUAGUACCAGCUAGGGUCAGCGUCCUGUCAGCUUCCCGUCAGCUUCGUUGACUCGUCUACAAGACUAGUUAGGACAGGUCUGCUUGCAUCAAGCUUAGAAACAAGUGUUUGUUGGAAAGAAGAAGUAAGUAGUAUCUCUCGUUUCCAACGUAGUUUACAAAGUCAGGUCUAGAUUCCUUAUAGGCUUUUGCAACCUUUUUAGAGCUCGGAGCCCUAGAAGAGCCUCGAGGAUACAUCAACAAGCAUCGAGCAUCCUCAUUAUGCUUUGUCGCUGUUUUUGUAUGUGCUUCUAAAUCCGAAUGCUCAUGAGUUACUAUCUUCGUGAGUCCCCU